CAAGGAGGUUGAAUGAAAUGCAUGGGGGGUCAGGGACGGAAAGCAUUAGGUAAGAGAGGGGAUUCCGCAUUUAAGUUGUGGGUUAAAUAUUUAGGCUGCCCAUACUCAAUGAGGCCUGCAGGGAGCCCACCGGGACCACCCAGGCGCCACUCUGCAGGUCUGGCUCUAUGCCCAUCACAGCCUGAAGCACUGGGGAGAGGCCCCAGCGGCACAAAGGCCACACUUGUGCCGGUCUUGGGACGGAGACAGAGUAUGUGAGGGUGCAUGAUUUCCUUACACUUUGAGGGGACCCAUCCCGGCGAAAUCUGGAUGCCGGGGCGUAGAGCUUUGUUGGACCCUUGGACCAGAGCUCUCUCUUGCCUGCCCCCAGAAGCCUGUAAACACCCAAAACGGUGUCCCCGGGAUCCUAAAGGAACAUUUGCGGUCUUCCAGGGUCAAAGCAACCCUCCUCACCCCCUUUCUCCCAAGAGAAGGGGCCUGUUACUGUCCUAGCUUUCCUUCCCUUGAUUUCAGGGCCUCCAGAAUCAAGGGAGUGGGCCAGUCAGAGCCUAGGGGCCUGGUGGCUUGCCGGCCUCGUAGUUUUGACGAGAGAGGGUGGUGGGUGGGCCCAAGACUUAAGGAAUUGCAGAGACGGGGCGAAGGAGUCCGAGACGGCAGAGAUUUGAGGGGCCGCCAGGUGGGGCCUGGGGGAGAGUCGGGAGCCCUGCGGCUACCCUUCUGAACCCUUUUGCCCGUCGCGCAGGACCAGAGUCCCGGGCCUCUCACUCCUGGAGGGGGCAGCGGAGGGCAGGAGCCCGGCCGAGCCAGGGCCCGCUCCGCCCCUUGGGGCUCUCCUCGGGGAAGGGCCUCGGAGGCAUCCGACGCAUUCCGGCGGCGGAGAGCGGGGCCGCCCAGCCUCCCGCCGGGAGCCGAAUUCCGGCCCCGCAGCUCGCGCCGGCGGCUCCCGGGGCGGCAGGAGCAGGGGCGCCGCGCUGGCCCCGCCCCAGCGCUGCGAGGAAAGGGGAUCGCUCCCGGCCGGUGGGAGGGGUCGCAGCCCGCGCUCCCCCUCCCCACCGCCUGCCCCGGGUUAAAUGCGGCCGCCCCCGCCGCUCGCUCCAGCCGCCUGGCAGUCCCCACCUCGGGCGCGCUGCCUGCGCCGUUACCUGGUCCAGCUGCCCGGGAGGCUCCGCCCGUCGGCUCCGCUCCGCGGCCGCGCCUCCGAGCUGUCCGGCGGGCUCAGGCUCUGGCACUUCCGUUCUCUGUCCCCCAAGCACCAUGAGGGGCCUUCUAUGCUCGCCACUGCCUAUGUGGCUGCUGCUUCUCCAGCCCUGGGAAAGCCAGCUCCAGUUCGCAGGUCCCAGGUGUCGAACGGGGCCCCUGGAUUUGGUGUUCGUGAUUGACAGCUCGCGCAGCGUGCGCCCCUUUGAGUUCGAAACCAUGCGGCAGUUCCUGGUGGGCCUCCUCCGCGGCCUGGACGUGGGGCCCAACGCUACGCGCGUCGGAGUGAUCCAGUACUCGAGUCAAGUGCAGAGCGUCUUCCGGCUCGGCGCCUUCUCGCGCCGCGAGGAUAUGGAGCGCGCCAUUCGCGCGCUGGUGCCGCUAGCUCAGGGCACCAUGACCGGGCUGGCGAUCCAGUACGCCAUGAACGUGGCUUUCAGCGUGGCCGAGGGCGCGCGCCCGCCGGAGGCGCGCGUGCCGCGCAUCGCUGUCAUUGUGACCGACGGGCGACCCCAGGAUCGCGUGGCUGAGGUGGCGGCUCAGGCGCGCGCCCGCGGCAUCGAGAUCUACGCCGUGGGGGUGCAGCGCGCCGACGUGGGCUCCCUGCGCGCCAUGGCGUCUCCCCCGCUGGACGAGCACGUCUUCCUCGUUGAGUCCUUCGAUCUUAUCCAGGAGUUUGGCCUACAGUUCCAGGGUCGGCUGUGUGGAAAGGACCUGUGUGUUGAGGGGGGACACGGCUGCCAGCACCGAUGUGUCAGCGCCCCGGGCACGUUCCACUGUGCCUGCAACCCUGGCUACCAGCUAGCUGCAGAUAACAAGAGCUGUUUGGCCAUUGACCUGUGCGCUGAAGGGACCCACGGCUGUGAGCACCACUGCAUCAGCUCCCCAGGCUCCUAUUCCUGCCGCUGCCGAGCUGGCUUUGUACUCCAGCAGGACCAGAGAAGCUGCAGGGCCAUUGACCACUGCAGCUUUGGGAACCACAGCUGCCAGCACGAGUGUGUUAGCACCUUUCGUGGGCCCCGGUGCCACUGCAGAGAGGGCCACGACCUGCUGCCCGACGGGAGGAGCUGUCAGGCCCGGGACCUUUGCAAUGGUGUAGACCAUGGAUGUGAGUUCCAGUGUGUGAGUGAGGGCCUCUCUUACCGCUGCCUGUGCCCUGAGGGCCAGCAACUGCAGGCAGAUGGCAAGAGCUGCAACCGGUGCCGGGAAGGCCACGUGGACCUGGUUCUGCUCGUUGAUGGCUCCAAGAGCGUGCGCCCACAGAACUUCGAGCUGGUGAAGCGCUUUGUGAACCAGAUCGUGGACUUCCUGGACGUGUCCCCCGAGGGCACGCGCGUGGGGCUGGUGCAGUUCUCCAGCCGCGUGCGCACCGAGUUCCCGCUGGGCCGCUACGGCACCGCGGCCGAGGUCAAGCAGGCGGUCCUGGCCGUGGAGUACAUGGAGCGCGGUACCAUGACAGGGCUGGCGCUGCGCCACAUGGUGGAGCACAGCUUCUCCGAGGCGCAGGGCGCACGGCCCCGCGCCCUCAACGUGCCUCGCGUGGGCCUGGUCUUCACAGACGGCCGCUCCCAGGAUGACAUCUCGGUGUGGGCGGCGCGUGCCAAGGAGGAAGGCAUCGUCAUGUACGCCGUGGGCGUGGGCAAGGCUGUGGAGGAGGAGCUGCGCCAGAUCGCCUCCGAGCCUGCCGAGCUGCACGUGUCCUACUCCCCCGACUUCGGCUCCAUGACGCACCUGCUGGAGAACCUCAGAGGCAGCAUCUGCCCCGAUUCUCAUUCCCCUGACUCUCUGUGCCCGGCUGGCAGAGGAGGGCAUCGGCGCGGGUACAGAGCUUCGGAGCCCGUGCGAAUGCGAAAGCCUCGUGGAGUUCCAGGGUCGCACGCUGGGGGCGCUCGAGAAGCUAACUCAGAACCUGGCCCAGCUGGCGGCGCGCCUGGAGGAUCUGGAGAACCAGUUGGCCAGCCAGAAGUGAGGGCCGCCGGUGGCUCGGAGCCGGGCAGGGACGCGGCCCUGCGGACUGGGUCCCCCGUGUGCCGUCGGGGCGCCGGGGCCGGGCAGCACCGGGGCCCCGGGGGCUUGGGCUGGCGGGGAGGGGGCGCUGGCGGGCUCCCAGCGCUGCGCUCGAGCUGGCCUCGCCUGAACCAGAAGCCGGACUGCGGCGGACGGAGGCGCGAGCUAGCUCCGCACGCCGUCGCUUUGUGCUGUAUUCAGUUCUUUGUUGGGUUUCCUUUUUGUUUUCUUUUUCUUAAAAAAAAAAAAAAAAAAAAAAUUUUUUUUCUUUUUCCACGGGGUCGGUUUGUGGGUCUUGCUCUGCCGCCAGAGGGAGGGGAGGACAGACGGAGCGCACUCCGGAGGCGCCCGGGCGGCGUCUCCUCGGAGAAAGGCGCUUUGUGCGGGGGGUCGGCCUGGGGGGCAGGGGGCCGGGCGCUGCUUCCCCCUCCUUGUUUAUUCAGCCGCGAACAGGCGGCUCCUUAUGCGCGCUGCGGGAAGGGAGGGGGCUCGGCGCGAAACCUCGGGGUCUGAACGAGACUGCGCCCUUCCAUUCCCCCCCCCCCCCGCCCCCGAGGGUCCAGCGCUUCGCUCUCUGGUCUUGGGUAUCUCAUGGUGCCCCCAGAUCGGGCUGAAAAGCUGCUAGAAUUGGGCCAGGGGGUUGGCGAGGAAGCGAGAGGCAGUCAUCGAACCCCCUAAAUGGACGGGGAGGGGGCGUAUAGGCGAGUUUCACCUGGAUUUUCUCUCCCUCCUGCACUACUUUGGGAGAAGAGGAGGUGUCAGCCAGGACCCCUGGCCAAGAGCUGCCUGUUCAGGGCUUCCUCUGCCCACCACUUCCAAAAAUAAAACAAACAAAACCAAACAAACAAACAAAAAAAAAACAAAACAAAAGGCAACCCUCAAUCAGGAAAGAACACAAAGCAUGCCGUUUCCCAAGUGCAUGUGAGAAACUGAUUAAAAUACUGCAGUCCUGG